CCGACCGCCCGGCCACAGCGAGCCGGCGGUCCGGCCAGAAAAUAAACUGGCCGGUUUAGACCGGUUUGGGAGUUGUUCAGUAUUUACUAACCCGGUUCGAGUCCAGUACAGUAUUUUAGUUAAUUUUUCAGUCCAGUUAAUCCAGUACACCGGUAUCAGUUCAGUCCGAUUUUUCUUGUCAGUCAAGUUAAGUCCCGAGAAUAUUCCAGUUAAAUAUUUAGAUCGAGUCGAGCAUCUUAACACCAGAUCACCAGGAACUCCCACAGGCCACAGUGGUCGCUUUGUUCCGCGACUACCAUCCAGAAAAGUUUUCCGGCCAAGGAGAUCCUCGUGUAGUAGACGAAUGGGUUCAGGGUCUCGAGAUUAUUUUCGAGGUCAUAAACUGCCCCGAUCGUUAUCGCAUGUUAUGUGCCCAGAUCCAGCUGACGGUGAUGCCAGACUCUGGUGGCAAGCCUAUUGGAGUAUGCGUCUCGGUGAAAAAGACGGUUGUUCGUGGGACCAGUUCAAGGAGCUGAUCCGAGAAAAGUAUUAUCCCUCGUAUUACCGAGCAGACAUGGAGCGCCAGUUCUUGGCACUCACUCAGGGUACUCGUACUGUUGACGAGUACGAACGAGAGUUCACCCGUCUCGGAGCCUUU